AUCUGAAAACCGGCUUCGCUCCAGAGACCCACCCUGAGCAGAGAAGGAUGAGUGCUAAGAUCUUGCUGUGCCUCUCAUUGGCUCUCUCCAUCCAGGGGGGAGCCUUGCAACCCGUGCCUAUCCAGCCACCUCAGGCCUCAUAUGCUGAGGGCUCUACUGCUGUCCUGCAGUGCCCUCUGCAAAGCGGCAAGAUCCAGGACUACCAUGUCUUCUGGUUCCAGCAAAAGCCAAGCAAAAGCCCAGCCUUCAUCCUGAAGCAUGGCAACGAUGGGAACAUAGACCGAUCCUCUUCAUUUGACGCACGUUUUGUGCCCAUCCGGGAUGCCGACACCAAUGCCUACGUCUUGCAGAUCCAGAAGGUGCAAACAGAGGACAGUGCCACCUACUUCUGUCUAGCAGAGGGAAAUUAUUUCCAGAUAGCAGUCUCAGGGAGUGGAACACGGCUCAGCAUCACAGGAGGACAAUCAGUACAAGUACCAUCAUCCGUCAUCAUAUUGUCUGACGUUUCCCAGAAGCCAGAAUCUUCUGAUGUCCACGCCAUAUGUGUAGUUGAAGACUUCUACCCAGGCUUACUAGAGAUCAAGUGGAGUGCUGCUGGGAAAGAUAUAACUGAGGGAGUGACCUCUGGAUCAGUGAUCUUGAAUGGGGAUGGCACUUACACCACCUCCAGCAUCCUGAACGUAUCGCGCAAUUUCUUUAACUCUGUCACCCCUAUUCAGUGCUCUGUGAGUCAUGAAUCUUCUGGGGCCAAGAUUGAACGGAGCCUGGAAUGGUGCAUGUAGAAGUAAAUGGUUUCACCUCAACGCCUCCCUUCUUCCCAUGCUGCUACUUCUCAUUCCCCUUUAGCUCUCGGCAAAGUGUGCCCUGCUCCGUGCUUUGGCUCCCCCCACCCACCCAGUAAACAUAU